CAAUAUAAUCCUCUUAGAUACUACUCCUUUAGUACUUAUUUACAUACAUUACAAAAAAGAUGUUGAGAUAUAAAUUCUUAGUAGAAAAAUAUAAGCAUUUUUAUAGUUUUCUAAGUAUAUGUGUUGUGUAUCUAAUUACAUCCAUAUGUUGGAUAACCUCCAAAAUAAAUGAAUUUAUCAUUUCUCAUACAACACAUUUUAUGAUUGAAGUUUUCUACUUCAUUCUUGUUUCUAUUUGUGGAUUUGUGAGCUUAAAAAACAUUGAUCCAAGAACAAGAUUAUUAUCAUCAUACCCUAAUAAAAACAUUAGGGAUAUAGAUAUGUUCUUCACCUCAGUUUCAGCAACAACUGUUUCAAGUAUGUCUACCAUUGAAAUGGAGGUAUUCUCAAAUUCACAACUUGUUAUAAUAACCAUUUUAAUGUUCAUAGGAGGAGAGGUAUUCACAUCCAUGGUAGGCCUCCAUUUUUCGGCCUCGAAACUCACAUAUACACCCUUAAGUGCAAGGAGUAGGGUUAACUCUGUUGCAAACCUUCCAUUACCAUUAGAAAGUAUUGAGUUGGGAGUUAUUAUCCCAUGUAGUAGUACUGAAGAAAUUUCAAAUAAUCCUACAAUGGAGAAAACAAAAUCAGAAAUAGAUUUCCUAAUAAAAUCUAAAUCAACUAGGGUUUUAGGUUUAUUAGUUUUGGGUUACUUAUUAAUAGUACAUAUACUAGGGAUUUCUAUGGUAUUUGCAUACCUAAAUAUUUUUUCAAGUGCACAUAAAAUUCUUGAGAAAAAAGGUCUAAAAACAUUCACUUUCUCAUUGUUUACUAUAGUAUCAACUUUUGCAAGUUGUGGGUUUAUACCUACAAAUGAAAAUAUGCAAGUUUUUAGCAAAAAUUCUGGUCUUUUAUUGAUUUUAAUCCCUCAAAUUUUACUUGGAAACACAUUAUUUCCAUCUUUUCUUCGAUUUUCGAUAUGGGUUUUAGGUAAAUUUACAAAGAAAGAUGAGACAAAAUAUCUUAUGAGGAAUUCUAAAGAAAUUGGUUAUCAUCACUUGCUUCCUAGCAAACAUUCUAAGCUUUUAGUUGUGACAGUUUUUGGGUUCAUUUUGGUGCAAUUCAUACUUUUUUGCACUAUGGAAUGGAAUUUUGAAGGUUUUAAUGGCCUUAAUUUGUACCAAAAAUUAGUGGGAGUUUUAUUUCAAUGUGUAAAUUCAAGACAUACUGGUGAAAGCAUUGUUGAUCUCUCCUCCAUUGCCUCAGCUAUCUUGGUGUUAUUCAUCGUUAUGAUGUAUCUUCCACCUUAUACUUCAUUUGUGCCAAUAAAAGAUGAGGAAGGAGAAUUGCCUCAAAUACUAUGUAAAAGUGAAAAGAAAAGCAAAAUUAUGUUGAAGAAUAUCAUAUUUUCUCAACUCAGUUAUCUUGCCAUCUUCAUCAUGAUCAUUUGCAUAACAGAGAGGCAAAACAUUAAAGAUGAUCCCCUCAAUUUCAACAUUUUCAACAUUGCAUUUGAAGUUAUUAGUGCAUAUGGAAAUGUUGGAUUCUCAACAGGCUACAGCUGUGGAAGGCAAUUAAAGGCAGAUUCAACUUGUGUGAGUAAAUGGUAUGGAUUUGCAGGGUAUUGGAGUGAUCAAGGAAAGAUAGUUCUUAUAAUAGUAAUGUUCUUUGGAAGACUCAAGAAAUUUAACUUGAAAGGAGGCAAAGCAUGGAAGCUCCUUUAAACCAAAUUGUUACAAAAUAUCUAGAAAUUCUUAACUCCUCCCGAUAUAUAAUACGUCUUAUUCAUACGAAAAUAUAUGUUCGUUAUGAUUAUCUUUAUAUGAGUAAGGAGUAUAAUAUCGGGUGGAGUUCAGGAUUCUUUGUUGUAUGUUUAUUUAUUUAGAUUUAAAUCUGAAAGUGUGUGAAAUUGAGUUUGCAUAUCUAUGUUUUUAGUUUAUAGAAAAGUUUUUGUAUAACCUAUUUAAAAGGGAUAAUGUACAAUAAAAUACUCCAAAUCCCUUGUGUUUCAACUUAAUUAUGGUUUUGUGAAGGGAGAACAAGAGGGGGUGUAAAAACUUUUGUUGUAUUUUGGCACAAGAAUGUUGUAUUAUAGAAGCAAUCAAUAAAGUUGUACUUCUUUCGUUUUA